GCCUUCAGCCUGUCUCAGCAGACGGCGGAACGUCUCCGUCCCCGCGAGUUCUCCUAAUGGUCCGAGAAACCCGCGCUCAGUCGAGAGCCCUUGUGCCUUUCUGUUUUAUUUGACCGCUAGCUCUAGCUCAAGGCUGGAUGCUUUGUGUCAGCCCCACUUUACAGAUAGGUUCGCUGAGACUCAGCCUUGGCCACAACAUGUGCAUAAGGCGGCUUUUCCAGUCCCCUCUCCAGUGGGCUUGGAGGGCAGCCUUCCUGAAACACAACCAGUGCAGGCACCAGGCAGCCCGGCGAUGGACUCGUUCUGGAGGCGGCCCCUACAGAGCGGUGAUUUUUGACAUGGGUGGAGUUCUCAUUCCGUCUCCAGGGACAGUGGCUGCAGAAUGGGAGAUACAAAAUCAUAUCCCUCCUGGAACUAUAUUGAAGGCCUUGAUCUCAGGUGGCGAAAACGGGCCCUGGAUGAAAUUUAUGAGAGGAGAGAUAACAAAACAAGAUUUCUUAGAAGAAUUUGGGAGACACUGCUCUAAAAUGUCAAAGACCUCUGUGCCUGUGGACUCCUUUUUCUCCGUGCUGACCAGUGAGCAAGUGGCAAAGCCGUUCCCAGUGAUGAUGGAAGCCAUAACUCAAGUUCGGGCAAAAGGCCUAAAGACUGCAGUCCUGAGCAAUAACUUUUAUCUUUCCAGCGGGAAGAGCUUUUUGCCCCUGGACCGGACACAGUUUGAUGUGGUUGUGGAGUCCUGCCUGGAAGGAGUCUGUAAGCCAGACCCCAGGAUAUAUAAGCUGUGCUUGGAGCGGCUCGGCCUGCAGCCUUCUGAGUCCAUCUUUCUUGAUGAUCUUGGAAUGAAUCUCAAAGCAGCUGCCAGCCUGGGUAUUCACACCAUUAAGGUGAAUGACCCAGAGACUGCAUUAAAGGAAUUAGAAACUCUUUUGGGUUUUACAUUGAGAACGGUUGUUCCAAACACUCGCCCUGUGAGAAAGACAAUGGAAAUUCCAAAAGAUUCCUUGGAGAAGUACCUCAAAGACUUACUGGGGACCCAAACCACAGGAGUGCUGAAACUACUUCAGUUUGAUCAUGGGCUGUCAAAUCCAACUUACUACAUCAAGCUGGGUGACCAUCAGCUGGUUCUAAGGAAGAAACCCCCAGGGACACUCCUUCCAUCCGCCCAUGCAAUCGAGAGGGAGUUCAGGAUAAUGAAAGCCCUUGGGAAUGCUGGAGUACCUGUCCCCAAAGUUCUUCACCUCUGUGAAGAUUCCGGGGUCAUUGGCACACCCUUCUACCUGAUGGAAUACUGCCCCGGCGUGGUCUACAAAGACCCUUCUCUGCCAGGCUUGGAGUCCAGCCAGAGGCGGGCCAUAUACACUGCCAUGAACAGAGUCUUGUGCAAAAUCCACAGUGUGGACCUUAAGGCUACGGGCCUGGAAGACAACAGGAAACAUGGGGACUAUAUUCCACGUCAGGUGCAAACCUGGAUUAAGCAGUAUCGAGCCUCAGAAACGAGCACCAUCCCGACGAUGGAGCGGCUCAUCGAAUGGCUGCCGCUCCAUCUUCCCAAGCAAGAGAAGACCACGGUGGUGCACGGGGACUUCAGGCUGGACAACCUGCUGUUCCAUCCAGAAAAGAUGGAGGUGCUUGCUGUCCUUGAUUGGGAACUGUCUACCUUAGGCGACCCCCUUGCGGAUGUGGCCUUCAGCUGCCUGGCUCACUACCUGCCCCCCAGUUUUCCCGUACUUCGAGGUUUUAGUGGCUGUGAUUUGACUCAGCUGGGUAUCCCUACUGCAGAGGAGUAUUUCAGGAUGUACUGUCUUCACAUGGGGAUCGCUCCCAUCAAGAACUGGAACUUCUACAUGGCUUUCUCCUUCUUCCGCGUGGCUGCCAUCCUACAAGGAGUCUAUAAGCGCUCGCUCACAGGGCAGGCAAGCUUAGCAACCACUCAACAAAAUGGAAAGCUGACUGAAUUUAUGUCCAAUCUGGCAUGGGACUUUGCAGUCAAAGAAGGGUUCCGGAUUUUCAAAGAGAUGCCAGCCACAAAACCAUUAACGAGGUCCUACCACACAUGGGCCGGUCCACAGUCUCUGCUGAGCCGCCCAGGAACCAGGAGUUACAUACGCCUUCCAGAAUCUUCCCCAGCUCAUACCCCACAGGGAGCUCUGGUUAUCUCUCCAGAGGGCCUUUCCCCACCAGUCAGGGAGCUGUACCAGCGGUUGGGGCAGUUUAUGGAGCAACAUGUGUAUCCUGCUGAGCCAGAGCUGCGGAGUCACCAGGCCUCAGCUGAGAGAUGGACCCCUUCCCCACUGGUUGAAGAGCUCAAGGAGAAAGCCAAGGCCGAAGGACUUUGGAACCUCUUCUUGCCCUUGGAGACUGAUCCCGAGAGAAAAUACGGAGCAGGACUGACCAACGUGGAGUAUGCGCAUCUGUGUGAACGCAUGGGCACGUCUCUGUAUGCCCCUGAGAUAUUUAACUGUUCUGCUCCAGACACAGGGAACAUGGAGCUUCUGGUGCGCUAUGGCACCGAGGAGCAGAAGGCCCGCUGGCUGGUGCCGCUGCUGGAGGGGAAGACCCGCUCCUGUUUUGCCAUGACAGAGCCCCAGGUUGCCUCAUCAGACGCCACCAACAUUGAGUCUUCCAUCAGAGAGGAGGAUAACUGCUAUGUCAUAAAUGGUCACAAGUGGUGGAUUUCAGGCAUCCUGGACCCUCGCUGCCAACUCUGUGUGUUUAUGGGAAAAACAGACCCACAUGCCCCACGCCACCAGCAGCAGUCCGUGCUCUUGGUUCCCAUGCACUCCCCGGGGAUAAAAGUCAUCCGGCCUCUGACGGUGUAUGGGCUGGAGGACGCACCAGGUGGCCACGGUGAAGUCCUGUUUGAGCAGGUGUGUGUGCCCAAGGAGAACAUGGUCCUGGGCCCUGGCCGUGGUUUUGAGAUCGCCCAGGGCCGACUGGGUCCUGGCAGGAUCCACCACUGCAUGCGGCUGAUCGGGUACUCGGAGAGGGCCCUGGCGCUCAUGAAGGCCCGUGUGAAGUCCCGUGUGGCCUUCGGGAAGCCCCUGGUAGAGCAGGGCACGCUCCUGGCGGACAUCGCCCAGUCGCGCGUGGAGAUUGAGCAGGCCCGGCUGUUGGUGCUGAAAGCUGCCCACCUCAUGGACGUGGCAGGAAAUAAGGCUGCAGCUUUAGAUAUUGCCAUGAUUAAAAUGGUGGCCCCGUCCAUGGCCUCCCGAGUGAUCGAUCGUGCCAUUCAGGCCUUCGGAGCAGCGGGGCUGAGCAGUGACUACCCGCUGGCCCAGUUCUUUGCCUGGGCCAGAGCGCUGCGCUUCGCCGACGGCCCUGACGAGGUGCACCGGGCGGCGGUGGCCAAGAUGGAGUUGAAGCGCCACAUUUAGAGCGUGAGGACUGGGAGCCAGCGGGCUGUGCCAGGCCCGUGCCACCCAACACGCUACAUGAUGCGCUUCGAGAGGCCUGGUAUGUGUGAUUCUCUGCCCCACCCAGCAGCUCAACCCCGGGACGAUCACUGCACACACCCUUGCUGGGUCCCCACGGGAGACAUUUCUGGGAGAAGCCUUGCGUUUGCUGUUUCAGGCAAGGAGGAAGGGGAGGAGCUGAGGGCUGAGCAGGUUUCGGGACAGAGCCUGGAAAGCUGCUCUUCCUUCUGUGUCAGUGUGGGGGGCAGGCAGCCCACGCCCCCUCUCCCUCUGGCUGUGGGAGUCCGAACAAGUAUUAGCAGCCCGCCUAGGAGCUAGGUGCUCCCUAUGCGGGGCUUCCUGCUCUGUGGGGCUCCCCAGCAAGCAAAGGGGCAGCCACAAUGGACUGCAUCUAAAGAUCUAGGCUGAGUGCUCCUGGGAAAAUGGAACCAGAAGCGUGAAGCCACUGCCAUCUGCUUUUCUUCGCUUGAAUGUCCAUGACACAGAACACUAAUUAAGAUGUUAUUUUGGAAAGGGGCUUUGGGAACACAAAGGACUAAGAAAAUACAUCUCAGAGUCUUUGGGACUGUCUCCAUUAUACAGAAGGAACUCAGAAUAAAGUCCACACUUCAGUC